AUGGCUGCCCCUCUGCCUGAGUCGCAGGCGGAGCCCUUCUCCUCCCCAAUGACACCAUUGUGCAUUUUCAGCGUUGUCUGUUAUAAGGCUGCCACUUCUCUUUCCAAGACGCCUCCUGCCACUGAGAUCAAGGCAUCAGGAUCGCAGUCCCUCUGUGCCCAAUGCCCAAUGCCCAAUGCCCCCAAUGGGGAGGGCUAUGGCGAGAGUCACUUUCUGGCUGCUUCGCUCCCAGACAGCAUCGAGAGCAAUUCGGAUAUCCACGAGCCUGAUCCAUCGCAAGAAGGGCAUGGGCUUGCUCACCCGCCUGAGGCUGCAGACUCGGAUCUGAGCGACUUGCCCAGCGAUAACCCCAACCAGACACCUGAUAUCAUACCGCCAAACAUGAAUCUCAACACGAUGUGGCGGAUGGGGGAACCGCUGGAGCGAGGCGGUCAGAGACACGCACAGGUGUACUCUGUGGUCGAUGUUGAGAGUGGUCGAUCAGCAGAUGGUCUUGAAGCUCACGUCUUCGUCCUGGACCGCAGCCAGCCAGAAAUCCGCAAACACCGGCUGCGAUGCAUCAAGCGGAUGAGCCGCCGCGCGCAGCUCGAAGUUCAGGUCCAUAACGCCGUUAUCGUCGUAAUCUCAACGUCCGAGGGAAACGCUCAUCAAGCACCCUUCGAGGAAGGGCAACUUGUAACAACUGAGAGUAGCAAAGAAAAAGACGUUCGGAAGAAGGUGAAGACGCCCUAUCAACGAGAGUGCGCACGUGUACGACAGCUCGAAAAGCGGAGAUUCGAACGGGCAGCACAACAUGCGAGUACCGCAGUGGGCGAAAGUUUGAAGUGCGACGAGACCGAAGCCACCCUUUUCCUUGUGUUGCUCUAUAUUCUUUACGACGCAGAUGGCAGCAUGCGAGAGACAAUGACUCCAGAUCACGUGAAGCUCCUCGAGGCGACGGGAAGUGGUUCCUUGCACGGCUUGUUGGAGACAUAUAUGAGCCAAGUCGCCAUCAACUUCAAGGCAUUUAAGGACAUGGAGGCAUACUCUACAGUCAAGCUUGGUGAGAUCAGCUCGUUGCAACGUCUCCAGGGCAAGCUCUCCAGCAUCGACCAGGAGCACCACGAUAAGUUGCUCCAGAUUAUUCAUGAACAAGCACAACAUCCCAAAGGGUCUGCUCCGUGGCGCGAGAUCCAAUACGGUCGGAGAGCAGAAGCAUUCACCCAGCUCCGACUCGCACGCCAUGCCAAGAGCGUCUUGCCCAAGGUAUUGGACAAGCUAGAGACGCUCCACAAGGCCAACAGUCGCCGCCUGGCUCUUGCCCGCGAGGGCGCGAGGGUUAAGUCGCUACAGGACCGAUUGGGCAGACUUUCAGAGACUGUAACUCAGCUCGAGAAGUGGAUGGGUACAGUCUUUCCCCUGUCUAGUGCGCGUGACGAUCUGUUCCAUCGUUGGGAAGCCGCAAAAGUGAACUUGACUGAGUUUAAGAGCAAGCAUCCACUGAUUGAGUUGCCCUCUGGAUCUGACGUGAAUCUUGAGGAGGAAUUGUUGCGCAUGACGCUUAGAUGAUGAUAAACGCCACAUGCACGUCCUGCGUCAGGCUAUGAUGCUCUAUAUCAGGAACAAAGCAAUGCAGUAAGUUUUUGUGCAGGGAAAGAGGCAGAGGCAGUAAGCAGUCGAUUCAACACAGCGAAGGCCUGUGGCAGCAACAGUGAUGGGUCGACUCUGAAAUCGUUGUGUUGUUUCAACAUCGAGUGUUGCACGGUUCUCCUUUCUUUCUUUCUUUCUUAUUGGUAAAGAAUUAGGUUUAUGAGAUUUGUGAUUGCC